AUGGCCGCUCAGGUCGCCAGCGCUGCCUCUCUCAACACCAGCCCGCCUUCCGAGCUGAAAAAACCGGAUCGAGACCCAAAGGAGGAGUCGGUACCGGGGGAGAAGCAGCAGGAAAAUAAGGAGCCGGGAUUAGAGAGCGGAUCUCCGGGCCGCGGGGAGCUGCACGACCGGGCCGAUGUUGGAAAUGCUGGGGGAGGAGGGGAGUCGGAGAUGAAGAACGGGAACGGGAACCCUUCUCGAGUGAAUAAUUCUCAAAAUGAUACCACUGGACCCGACGGGAACAACCACCCAGGGAUGGUACACCAUCACGCGUCCGCUUUUCCGCCGCCUUCCUACGGUUACAGCCAGCACUACGGACGGGCCCCUUUUCAUCAACAUGGCGGACAACAAAGCCCUGGCAUGGCAGCUGCAGCGGGGCCAGGCGCGCUGUCGAGCAACAUGAUGGACCCGUAUCAGGCGAACUCGCACGACCACGGCUUCCCCAACCACCACUUCAACAGCUACGGCCCGUUUCCGAGCCGGACGCCCUACCCGGGCCAGGGCUACGCCGUGAACUCCCCGCGCAAUCCUCCGGCUCAGGCGGCAGGGGGGCAGGCGGCCAAGCCACAGCCAGCGGGAGGAUCCGCGGCUAUGGCUGCAUCCUAUAACAGUCAGCGGUAUUCUAUGGGAAAUCCACAGCCCACGUCCACCCCGACUCUGAACCAACUCUUGACCUCCCCGAGCUCGACCAGGGGAUACCCCAACUACCCCCAGAGUGACUACAACAGUCAGGAAGGUGCUAACAAGGGACCAGCGGAGAUCGGCAGUAGCAGCCAGUAUGGUGGGGGCCAUCCGGGCUGGCAACAAAGGACCCAUCACCCGCCGCCCAUGAGCCCGGGAAGCACAGGGCAGCCCCUCGGUAGAAACCAGACUCCAGGCUCUAUGGAUCAGAUUGGCAAAAUGAGAGGUCAGCCAUAUGGAGCAGGCAGCCCUUACUCCCAGCAGCCUCACCAAGGGCCUCCAGGGCCCCAGCAGGGACCUGCAUAUCCAGGCCAGGGCUAUGGGCCUCCUGGUCCUCAGAGAUAUCCUUUGGGCAUGCAAGGGCGCAUGCAGUAUGGCCAACAGAUGACGUCAUAUGGACAGCAGGGACCAGGCAGUUAUGGGCAAGGGCAGCAGCCUUAUUAUGGUCAACAGGGCCAGGGCCCUCACUCUGGUCAGCAGCAGUCGCCAUACCCUCAGCCUGCACCGGGCCAGCCGGGCAACCAGGCGCCGUACUCCCAGCAGCCCCACCCUUCACAGCCAUCUGCCCCUCAUGCACAGGGUGGCCCUCCCUAUCAACAGCCUCACAUGCCCCAGCAGCCCCAGGGGCCUAUGUCAGGACCCCCACAGGGCCCAUCCCAGUCUCAGCCUCCAUACUCUCAGCCUACUGCUCCACAGUCCAGUCAGUCACCCUACCCACAGCAACAGGUGCCCCCAUCCCAGCCCCAGCCCCAGCAACAGGGUGGUUCCCAGGCUCCACCAGUGUCACAGGCCCAGCCCAGUUAUCCUCCAGGUCAGGGUCCCCAACAGACCCCCUCACAGCAGCCAACACAAGCCCCCACAUCUGCCACCCAGCAGCCCACAGUACAUGGCCAGAUGCCACAGGGACAGCCCACAUCGUACCCCCAGAAUGCUUCGCAGCAACAGCAGCAGUCUUCUUAUCAGCGGUUUCCUCCUCCACAGGAAAUUUCCCAGGAGUCUUUCAGCUCCCAGUCCAGUGCUCCUCCUUCCAGUCAGCCUGUGGCCUCCUCCAAAAGUGGCUCUGAGGACAUGCAGGGCAGGCCCUCCAGUCUACCCGACCUGUCGGGGUCUAUUGAUGACCUACCAACAGGUACAGAGGGAGCCCUCAGUCCUGGUGUCAGCACAUCUGGGGUGUCCAGCAGUCAAGGGGAACAGAGCAAUCCAGCACAGUCCCCGUUUUCCCCCCACACCUCCCCUCACCUACCAGGCAUCCGUGGUCCAUCCCCGUCCCCUGUCAGCUCACCUGCUAGUGCCACGGCGUCCCGCUCUGGACCCCUUUCUCCAGUUGCCAUGCCAGGAAAUCAGAUGCCUCCUCGCCCCCCGAGUGGUCAGUCUGAUGGCAUCAUGCACCCUGCUAUGAAUCAGCCUAGUGGUAUGGGCCAGGAGAGAGGAUUCAUGCAAAGGAACCCUCAAAUGGCACCUUACGGCUCUCCUCAGUCUGGCUCUGCUCUGUCUCCUCGUCAGUCUUCUGGAGGUCAGAUGCAUGGUGGCAUGGGGCCUUAUCAGCAGAAUAACUCAAUGGGCAGCUAUGGGCCUCAGGGUGGCCAAUAUGGCCCACAAGGUUACCCCAGGCAACCAGGCUACACUGGCAUGCCCAAUGCCAAUUACCCAGGCCCUGGCAUGGGUGGAUCUAUGAAUCCCAUGCCUGGCCAAGGAGGAGGACCACCUUUUACUGGCAUGCCUCCUGGUAGAAUGCCUCAUGGACAGAUGGGUGCCCGUCCAUAUGGCCCUAAUAUGGGGCCUAACAUGGCUCCUAACAUGGGGCCCAAUAUGGGCAACAUGCCACCACAGGUGGGUUCUGGGAUGUGCCCACCACCAGGCCUCAACAGGAAACCACAGGAAGCAGCAGCCAUGCAGCAUGGAGCCACAAACUCGAUACACAACAGGCUGCCUGGUUACCCCAAUAUGUCUCCUAGUAUGAUGAGCUCAGGACCUCCAUAUGGGCCCUCCAUGAACAAUAUGCCAGGAAUGAUGAACACCCAGGGACCACCCUACCCUCUGGGUGGAAGUAUGCCCAACAACAGCAGUGGCAUGUCCCCUGGUCCAGAAUUUGGCAUGGAUGGGAAACUGAACCAGGCACAGAAGUUGAAUAACAAGGUUGAGGGGACACCUAAGACAGAUUCCAAAUCCAAGAAGUCCAGUUCCUCCACAACAACCAAUGAGAAGAUCACACGUUUGUAUGAGCUGGGCUCUGAGCCAGAGCGGAAGAUGUGGGUGGACCGAUACCUAGCGUUCAUCGAGGAGAAAGCCAUGGGCAUGAGCAACCUCCCCGCCGUGGGCCGCAGGCCACUAGAUCUCUUCCGCCUCUACAUGUCCGUCAAGGAAAUUGGAGGUCUCACACAGGUGAACAAGAAUAAAAAGUGGAGGGAGCUUGCCACAAGCCUGAAUGUCGGCACUUCCAGCAGUGCAGCUAGCUCUCUAAAAAAGCAGUACAUUCAGUGUCUGUACGCUUUUGAAUGCAAGAUCGAGCGUGGAGAAGACCCACCACCUGACAUCUUGUCUGCAGAAGGAAAGAAGAACCAGCCUAAAAUCCAGCCACCCUCCCCAGCUGGGUCUGGUUCUCUACAGGGUCCACAGACCCCACAGUCCACAAGCAGCUCUAUGGCGGAGAGUGGAGACUUAAAGCCUCCUACUCCAGCUUCAACACCGCAUAGCCAGAUGCCCUCAAUGCAAAGUGGCAGGAGCAGUGUGAACCUUCAGGAUCCAUUUGCUGACAGUAAUGACCCAGCCUUUUCCAGGAGAAACACUAUGACCCCUAACUCUGGCUACCAGUCUGGAAUGAGCACUCCAGAAAUGCCUGGUCGCAUGGCCCCUUAUGAGCCCAACAAGGACCCUUUUGGUGGGAUGCGCAAAGUUGGUGAGCAGUUCAUGCCUGGUGGACAGGGUCCCAACAGCACUCUAGGAGAGCAGUUUAACCGUGGACCAGGAGGUGCCAUUGGGAACAUGCCCAUGGCACAGAGACAGCAGUAUCCAUACGGCCCAGGCUAUGAGAGAAGGCCAGAGUCAGGGAUGGGCCCAGAAGGUGGUAUGGGGCCUGGAGUACCACAGCCAAGCAUGAUGCCUUCUAACACUGACACUGGGAUGUACUCGCCAAAUCGCUACCCUCCACAACAACAGCGGCAUGAUUCCUAUGGUAAUCAAUAUCCUGGCCAGGGUGCGCCUCCUGGUGGCUCUUACCCAAAUCAGCAACCAGGAAUGUUCCCGCAGCAGCAGUCAAACUACAAGAGACCAGGUGAGGGUGGUUACCCUCCAGCAAAACGUCAUCAUGAUGGUGAGAUGUACAGCGGACCGUUCAGUGGCCAGCAGCAACAGCAGCAACCUCAGGCUCCUCCUACUGGCCCCUCAUCAGGUCAGCAGGAGAUGUUCAAUCAAUAUGGCAGUUCUUACCCUGGAUCAGAACGGCGUCCUCCUGUACCACAAAACCAGUUUCCUUUUCCCUUUGGAAGAGAUCGAAUGCAGGCUGGGUCAGGCCCUAACUCUCAGGGCUCUAUGCCCCCACAGAUGAUGAGUAGCUCCAUACAGUCAGCCCCUGAUGGCCCCCAGGCUGGGAUGUGGCAGGGUCGAGGUGAGAUGGCUUAUCCCAACUUUCCUAACCGACAAGGUCCUCCUGGUGGGCCUGCGCAGGGCCCUGGAUACCAUGCCAUGAAUCGAUCUGAUGAGAUGAUGUCAUCUGAACAACGCAUGAACCAUGAGGGGCAGUGGCCAGGGCCACGGCAACCCCCCUACGGCCCAGCUGGGGCUGGCCCACCCAUGAGCCGACCAUUGCAGUCCAACUACCAGUCUCCCCAAUCAAUGCAGAACCACAUUCCGCAGGUGUCCAGCCCUACACCAAUGCCCCGUCCCAUGGAGAGCAGGACUUCCCCCAGUAAAUCUCCUUACAUGCACAGCAACAUCAAGAUGCAGAAGGCAGGUCCUCCAGUCCCUGCUUCCCACAUCAUCCCUUCCCCUGUACAGCCCCCACUGAUGAGAAGAGACCCACCAUUCCCGCCAGGUUCUGUGGAGGCCACACAACCUGUUCUCAAGGCUCGUAGGCGUCUCACAAUGAAAGAUAUUGGCACACCAGAGGCAUGGCGAGUCAUGAUGUCACUGAAAUCAGGUCUUUUGGCCGAGAGCACAUGGGCUUUAGAUACCAUCAACAUUCUACUGUAUGAUGACAACAGUAUCUCCAAUUUUAAUCUUAUUCAGCUCCCUGGUUUCUUGGAACUAAUAGUGGAGUAUUUUAGGCGUUGCCUCAUUGAAAUCUUUGGGAUUCUGAGGGAAUAUGAAGUUGGUGAUCCAGGACAGAGAACACUGCUGGACCCCAAUGCUCUCAGAAAAGAAGAGACUGGUGAGGAUGAGGAGGGGCCAGUAGUGGAGGGUAUGGAUGAAGAUGAUGAAACAGAAGACGAGGAUGAAGGAGAAGAAGAAAACUUGUCAUCACAGCAGCAAGAAGAACGUGUUUCAGCAAUGCAGGUUCAAAUAAAGUCGGAACAGAGGACAAGCGAAUCAAAAAAAGAUGAAGAUGGUAAAGUCAUGGAGAAAGCCUCUAUUACAGAUCCCAAAACGUCAGAGCCACCUGUUCAGGACCUUGCUGUAGCUCAGGAGAAGCCGAAACAGGCCAGCAAGUUUGACAAACUUCCCUUGAAGGUGGUGAAGAAGAAGGACCCCUUUGUGGUAGACUGCUCUGGCAAGCUUGGGAGGCUUCAGGAGUUUGACAGUGGCCUGGUGCACUGGAGUAUUGGAGGGGGAGACACCACAGAACACAUUCAAACCCAUUUUGAGAGCAAAGCGGAUUUAUUGCAGCCACGAAAGUGGACCAACCAGGCAUCUGGAAGGAAGAAAAUGUCUGAGAAGAGAGAGAGCGAAGCACCUGUAGUGCCCUCAUCUAGUGUAGAGCGAAGAAAAGAAGACGACCAGAGGCCCUCUCAGCAGUCACCUGCAGGAAAGCUGACAGACAGCGUUUCUGAAGCAAGGGAAGAAAAGCCCUCUAAUGGCCCUGAGAUUGCCCCAGAGCCAGUAUCACAAAAGGAAAAAGAGACAGAGGGACCUGAGAGAACAAACCAGGAGAGCAGCAAGCCAGUUCUCCCCAACAUCAGCUCUUCCUCACCGAUUCAGCGCUCAGUGACCGUUCUGGAGGAUGAACCUCACAGCAAGGAUGAAGCUCCACUAAUCACGCUCUCAGACUGGCAGGACUCGCUUGCUCGUCGCUGUGUUUGUGUCUCCAACAUUGUCCGCAGUCUUUCAUUUAUUCCUGGCAAUGACUUGGAGAUGUCCAAGCACCCAGGACUGCUGCUGUUACUGGGUCGUCUUGUGCUGCUUCACCAUUGGCAUCCUGAGCGUAAGCAGGCGCCUUUAACGUACGAGAAGGAGGAGGAGGCAGAUGAGGACACAGGUCAUGACAAGGAGGAAUGGUGGUGGGACUGUCUGGAGAUGCUGCGAGAGAACUGCCUGGUCACAUUGGCAAACAUCUCAGGCCAGCUUGACUUCUCCGUCUACUCUGAAAGUAUCUGCCUGCCUUUGCUUGAUGGCCUGCUCCAUUGGGCUGUCUGUCCGUCGGCAGAAGCCCAGGAUCCCUUCCCCACUCUUGGGCUUAAUGGGGCUUUGUCUCCUCAGAGACUUGUCCUGGAGACGCUCAGUAAACUCAGCAUCCAGGACAAUAAUGUGGACCUAAUUUUGGCGACACCUCCCUUCAGUCGACUAGAGAAGCUUUUUGGGAACCUUGUACGCCUGGUUGGGGACCGAAAGGUACCUGUAUGUCGGGAGAUGGCAGUCGUGCUGCUGGCCAACCUGGCCAAGGGAGACAGCCUGGCAGCACGUGCCAUUGCGGUACAAAAAGGCAGUGUAGGGAACCUUUUAGGCUUUCUUGAGGACAGUUUAGCAGCCACACAGUUCCAGCAGAGCCAAGGCUCCCUGCUGCACAUGCAGGGGGCACACUUUGAACCUACCAGUGUGGACAUGAUGCGCCGGGCUGCUCGGGCUUUGCACGCCCUCGCCAAGGUGGAGGAGAACCACUCUGAGUUUACGCUCUACGAGUCACGGCUACUGGACCUCUCUGUCUCCCCGCUUAUGAACUCUUUAGUGUCCCAUGUCAUCUGUGAUGUACUCUUUUUGAUUGGCCAGUCAUGACAGCUGUGGGGAGCGGUGGCUCCAUCUUCUCUGGUUUUCGUUCUCUCCUCUCCGCCUGUGUCCCUCAGUGUGCAGGGAAUGAAAAACAGAGAAAAAUGACUGUUUCCCUUUUUUUAAUUUAUGCAAGCCCCUUCGGAUUCAACCCUUCGAUCCCCGUUUUUUGCUGUGUCUCACUUUGGGGAGGAUAUCACAAAUUAGCUGCGGGUCAUGAAACAGAGCCUCAAAAAAUAAUGACACAAACUGUUAGCAACCAUGAUGCCAACAAAAUAAAUGGCCAUGGACCCCAGGUUUUAUGUGCUGCCCAGUGGGAGGGUGGUGGGGGAUUACUUUUUAUAGCAAAAUAAAUAAAUGAAUAAAAUAAAUAGCAGAAAAACUCUUGACCAAAGUUGCUGUCUCGUUUACAGUGAGUUUGGGGUUAACUGUGCCCUCGCUCUCCCCUAGCGGGCACCGUGAGUGCACGUUUCUGGUUCAUAUUUGGAGUUUGAUUAGACAGACGAACUCUCCAGUGGUGAUGUUGCUGUGUUGUGAUGCUACACAUUCAGCCCCACAGGAGCCACCUUGUCAGCUGUGAGCAGGAUACCCUUACAAUGGAGGCCUGUGCAGUAGAUUGUAGACAUUUUCUGUGCAGAUCUGUACUCCAUUUUCCUUAUGACUGUAAACAUACUGCAGCACUGUUUCAUGUGGAGAAAUGUUGGCUCAGCAGCUCCACUCUAGUUUUUAAAAAGUUUUUAAAAUUUAGUUUGAUGGUAAAGAGAGAACGGCUUUCUCCCCAAAGUAUCGAGAACCUCGGACAUUCUUACCUCCUCUCUCUAACCCCUUGAUUGUAUGACUUGACCCUUAUAAAGAAAUCACCUCCUAGGACUGAUUUUCAACUUAAGAUACAGCCCAGGCUGUGAUGUAUAUAAGAUGUUGUACAUUACACUUCUUUUUUUCUGUCUCUCUUUCUCUCCCUCUGUCUUUCACUCUUAUGCUUCACACUUUUUAUCUAUGAAGAAUGAAAGUGGACACUUGAGUCGGGUUCAUUACAUAAAAUCCUUAGGUAUAUAAAAGGAACCACCUUUUGGCCUCCCCACAGUUUCUCCAUAGUACAGCGAACACAAAUUAAAUAUUUUAAUUUCAUCUCCUGGUACAACAAAAUAAACUCUAGAUGAAGAAACACAGUUGAGAUAUUUUUUUUCUCCAGUGAUAUGAAUUCUGCAUAUUUGUAUUUCAGACUAUGUAGCUAAAACUUAAUGUAAAUUCCUCCUUUUUCCCCUUUUUGGCUCAAUGAAUAUCAUUUAUUCAGUAUGAAAUCUUUAUACUAUAUGUUCCAUGUGGUAAGAAUAAAUGUACAUUAAAUCUUCGUAAGAUGUU